AUGCUCAGAAAUACAUACAAGUUUGUUUCAUAUAGCUCUGAGGUGUGCUGUACUGCACAGAGUCUGUUUGCAGGUUUGGAGAAAAAGAGAGCAGGCUACUUCAACAACAUCACAGACACAGAGCUGGAGGAGAUCCCCACCCUGCUGCUGCUUCACCUGCCGGCUGAGAAGAUAGCCAGUCUACCUGCCUCUGUAUGUGCUGUGUUCAUGAAGAAGAUGAAAGAGGCCAACCUGAGUUCUUUGCCUCUCACCUCUCGCUCUCGCCCCACACUGACCAACAGAGCCCUGAACUGCCUGGGGAGGAACAUGUCAAAGUUGUCCAGUGAGGAGGUGUUGAGUCUGGGGUUGCUGCUGUGUGAGCUGGCCCCCUCUCAGAUGUCCCUCCUGGCCCCUGAGGUCCUCAACUCCACCGUGCAGGCCCUGGCCUCCUGCAAACAGAUUCCUCCACGCCACUGGAGGGCGCUCUUCCAGCUGCUCAAUGAUACAUACGGUGACCCGUCUGAUUGGACAGCUGACACCAUCAAAUCCCUGGGUCCUCUUCUCCUGUUGGAUGAUUCUGCUGUCCGCUCACUGCGCUUUAAGUCGUGGCUGAAAGAGACUCUGUCUGACCUGAUGGACAGCCUACCCAGCCCUCCGGUCCCUAACCCUCCUCAGGAGUUUAGAAGGGGUCCGGACCUCUCAGCCCUGCGAUGGAAACUCUUCUCUCUCUCCACCUCCACAUCUGAAGUAAUGCCCAUGCGCAGGAGGAGAGCAGUUCUCCCUCAGGGGGAGGCGGGCCUUACUGUGUCUCUGUUGGAGGAACUGGGCGGAGCCAAUGUCUACUGGAGCCCAGCCCAGCUCUCCAAGAUGGACGCUGCCACAAUCACCACUGCCGUGGAAACGCUGGGGGAGGUCCUUGAUUACAGCGCCGAGCAACUAGUGGUGCUCAGAGAGAAGGCCAUCCAGGCCUGGGGUCCAGUGUCAGGUUUGAAUGAGAGCCAGGUGCUCCUGCUGGGCUGUGUCUCUCAGGGGUUCAACCUCACAGAGCUGCCCAGCCUCCCCUUCUCCUCCCUGGACACUCUGGAGACACUUUCCCGCUGCUCCUGGACACAACCACAGAGGGAGGCUGUGUGGAGGGGUUUUGUGGAGCGUAUUAAUAAGACAGUGGGAGAACUGGGAGCUGUAGAGUUGGUGGGACUGGACCAGUUCAUCUGUGGUCUGAACACUGAGGAGACUGGUCAACUCAACACUGAUGCCUUCAGGGAGGCAGUACAGUCGGUGGGCGAGGUGCAGUGCCCCCUGGCAGUAACAGAGCUUCUGAAGCAGCGUGCCGUGGCUGUGUUUGGAGAACCACAGGGAUGGACUGAGGCUCGGGUCAACUCUCUGGGCAACAUCAUGGCUGGUUUGAGUUUGUCAGAGUUUCCGUCUCUCAGUCCCUCUGCCUUCUCAUUCCUCAGUCCGACCAGCGUUCCCCUCAUCCCCCCAGACCGCCUCGCUGCACUCUCAACCAGCCAGCUGAAGGCCCUGGGUCCUGACAAUGCUGCCAUGGUAACCAAUGCACAGUGGGCGGUGCUGGGGGAGGCACAACAGGCCGCUCUUGGCAAUGCUCUGGGUGUGGCCUACGACCGAAUGGCCAAUGACCGCGCAGAACCGACUACAAACCCACCCAGCAACCUGCCCCAACUCUCAGGAGCAUCUAUGCUGGGAACUCUGGGAGUUGGAGUCAUUAUGCAGCCCUUCUUGUUCCUACUGCUGGGGUUUGUCCUGUAG